UUGGGGGGUGGUUUGGGGGUUUUGAGGGGGUGUAUGGGGGUAUUGGUGAGCGGUUGUUGGUGAGAGAAAGAGAGGAAGGAGGCCGAAAAGUAUGUCGGCUGCAGCGAUUCCUCCACCUUGGCUUUUGCCAAAUGUGCAAGCUCCACGAGGUCGUGGCCGUCCACGGAAGUACCCUCGUGGUGAAGAUGGGAAACCAAUCAGGGUACCGAUGAGGGUACCAAUCAGCAAGGAGCCGAAGCCAAAGAAGAAGAAGGUUGUCAUGGAUGGAGAAGUACCACAGAGGAAGCGCGGGCGACCACCAAAGUUGGGAUCUGCAUCGACCCUGAAGCCUCGCCGUCUGAUUGAUCCUACGGGUGGGCCUCGAGGACGGGGGCGACCAAGGAAAUAUCCACUUGGCAUGCCAAUGGAUCGUCAUGACAUUCCUCCUCCGAUCCCAAGCGGAGUUCCAGUGAAGAGGGGCCGAGGCAGGCCACGCAAAGAAGACUCCUGAAAGUUCAGUGUCAGAGAUGGCAAUACCGACUGCCAUUGUGGAUGGCGAAAUGAAGCAUCCCAAGUUGCCCUGCUUCCCCACUCUCUUAGAUUUUGCUGGUUGUAUUUGAUGCCUCUUCCCAAAGUGGAAAGUGUGAUGAUAAUAUGUUUGGGCUAAAGGCAUCUGGCUUGCUGGUUCGCAAGCUAGCAAGCAUGAAAGAGGACGCAGAAGGAAGGGAGCGAGGAGGCAAACUGCAGGCAGACAUGCUAGCAUGGUGGGCAGAUGGGCAAAAGCCAAAGACAUGGAGGAGCGGCGGCCGUAUCAGUGGGGCAACAAGGCAGGUAAGCUUUCCCAGCCACAGUACCUUGGAGAGCCUGUACCAGUAGUAGUGUCAUUUGGGUAGUUUGGGACAGAUGGACUGUGAUGGAGAAUCCUGUCGAGUGAGGCUUUGUUUCCGAACGGAGCGGUCCUGUCUUCUUUGCUCUCCAGUGGAACGCAGGAGCGAAGGCAUGAAUGAACUCCCGGUAGGUUGUAACGUGUGACAGUAACAUCAUCAAUCGAUGGGCAGACGAAUUCCGAAAGUAGAGAGUCAAAGAUAUGCUUUGACAGUGACCAAAUCCGAUAGGUCGAUUGUUAUUUUUUUGCCUGUCUACCCAACACUAUAGCUAGAUGUACAUGGGCCCUCCUUUGCUAGUGGUGAGUGUUUGUAGGUCAUUUUACCAGGUCAUUUUACCGUAUGCCCCUUCUUCUGCAGGCCCACCACUGGAAGCCGUCCCCUGCCUUGCUCCUUUGCCAUCCUUCUUGUUGCUUCAGAGGACCGCAGGUGAACUUCACAUCGGUUGCAGCUUGUGAAUGGUCAUGGUGGCUGUUAAUAUACAGUAGACGAAGUGAAGGUAGUAUUUAACGGAUAUCAGCAACUGCCAGCUGUUGUAUCCAUAAGCUCACGACCAACUGCCAGCUGUAUAAUCAAAAAAUUGCUUCUCUCCUGUAAUUGACAAGAAUCAUGUAGGUAACGGGGGCAGGCGAUUCUUCCAGAAGAGUUGGGCAACCUGCAAAUGACAGCUAGUUAGUCCAUCAGAAGGAACACCUACGGGAGCUCGUUGCUCUCAAACAGCGAGGCCUUGUUGGUUCUCAAUUAGGGACCUGUGGAAAGGGAGUAUAUCCCUUUCCACAUUGACAAGUAGAAAAAAACAGGGUGCUGUGGUACAUGGAGCGAGGGAAAACAGGCAUACAUUCAUGAGAAUGUGCCUUGCUAUAGAGAGGUACGGUGGUCUUGCUACGCUGCUGCUGGAACGUGAUGUUCGUUUUGGGAGAUCAGGAAUGGUGGACCUGUUCAGCCACACAUGAUGAUGUUGUCUCAGUCGGAGUUGUCAAUCACUGCCAUGAAGUGUUCGCCUUCAGGGAUUGGUAGCAGCUAAGUGUUGGAUGCACUAUAUCUGUGUACAAAACCCCUCCAAACUGGGCAUAGCAAGUAAGCAUAUCCACAACUAGACUCCUGUCCAUAUCUAGUCUCUACUAAAUUACUUUAUCUUUGCUAGACCCUUCCAGCUUGUCACCACCUUUCCUCCACAUCUCCCCUCACCACCUCCUUCCCUCAGCCCCACCACAUCGCUCAUAGCUCUCACCCCGGUGCUUCAGCCAGACCUUUUCAUAACCAUGUAUGCUCCGCCACCACUUCAUGUCGGCAAAUCCACGACUUUUUUGGUAAUGCUGUGAAGCAGUCCAAAGAGAAACCAGGUUCUUCUGAUAAUUUGAAUGUCCUUCGAUUGCUGCUCCUUCCCGCUAUUAGGGACGCAGCAAUCAUGAUCUUGCCAUGGUUGAUUAUUCGGGCGGUCAUGAUGUUAAUGAUAAGGCUUUUGGCAAUUAUUGAUGAUGAUGAUGGCGACAGCGAUAACUAUGAGGAGGAUGGUGAUGAAGAUGGGGCUGGUAACAGUGGCCACAUGAUGAUGAUGGUGGUGGUGGUGGUGGUGGUGGUAAUGAUUAUGCUGAAUAAUCGGCAGCAGUAGGGAUGGCGGGGACGGAUGGAAAGAGAACUUGUCUGGUUCUUGGUCAUGCCACUAUCUUUUUAUGAUCUAGUCAAGUGAGGAAAGGAAACACGGGUAGGCACAAAAUCAGACAACCAGGUUUGCAGGCCAGAGUGAUGAGGUGGUUGGAUGCUGACUUGCUUUGGUUUUUGCUGGUUUUAAUGUCUCGCUCUGUGGUGCAAUCGUCCAUCUGUGAUGCGAGUAUAUCUUCCUUCGUAAGAAGACGUGCCUUCAUUCUGCCCCUCGUUCUCACAAAUGCCUUCGAGAAGUGAAAAGGCACAACAUGUGAAGUCUGUUUGUCCGUUUUUUAUUUCAUGUACUUGGGUGUAUCUCGAGAACCGAAAAGUCUACCACACCAUAAAAGAUUCUUCUUUGCAUAGUCCAUUCCAUAUGAUAGUGGGUGAAAAUGGUUGGCCAUCGUAGUUUACAGCAGCCGUGCACUGCACCCACUUCACACCCGUUUUUAUGUCUAAUUUGUCUGUCCAGGCUAAGGAAAAGGAAAGGAGGGGGGGACUGGAACGAAAGGCGAAGGCAUGCAACACUGUCAGAAUAUCAGGCUAUUAUGGACAAGGCUGUACUGCCCCCCAAUUUGGUCCUUUGCUUGGAUGCACAUUCACAUUUAUACACUCCUUGCGAUCCUAAUGAAUUUUGGUGCUCUCU